AUGGCAGACCCUUACAAUCCUUACACUUCCUACUCCACACCAGCUCCGGGUGGAGUCGGUUAUUACCCACCGGAUGAGCAUAACCAGCAGCCUGCAUAUCCGCACCAGCAGCCAUAUGACAAUUACAGUAACACAGACGUCCAGCAGCCCCCAAACUACAACUACAACGCCCAGCCAAGUCCCUACCACCUCGCCCCAGACGCUUAUCAAAAUGGCGCCCAAGAGAGAAGCUACACCCCAACAGGACAACCAGACCACUUGGGACCGGUAUCGAUGACAGGAAUGCCACCGCCUCAACCCCAAGGAGUAAAAUCUCCUGAGAACUCUGGAUACUAUGAUGGUCACCCAGAGCAACAGCCUCGAUAUACCCCAUCCCCAGGCCCAAAUCCUCCAGCAGUGCAUGUAUCAGAAGCCCCAGAAUACGCGAAAUACGACGAAGAAGGCCGUCCAAUGGAAUCUGCGGACGGAGAAACUGAUCGCGGCUUGGGAAGUUCUCUUGCUGGUGGUGCGGCAGGAUACUAUUUCGGGCAUAAGAAGGAUCAUGGACUGUUGGGUGCUAUUGGUGGGGCUAUUGUUGCCAAUUUCCUGGAGGAUAAGGUAAAGGACCAUCGUGAGAGUUCGUCUAGUAGCCAGGGUCAUGGAAUUCCAUGGUACCUAGAUGGUUUUCUGGGGUUUUAG